CGAUUAUUUUAGAAAUGGCAAGAUACUUUGGAGGUGUGUUAGGCGGUGCAACUCGUUCUAUGGCUAUUAUUAUAAAAGAGGAUGGCUCAGUUAUUGGCCAGUCUAAAGGAAAAGGACUAAAUCCAUGGCAAGUUUCAUUUGAUACAUGUGUAGAAAAGAUCAAGCAGUUAGUUGACAUGGCUAAGCAAGAAGCAGGCCUACAAAUAUCUCAUCCUUUGGAAUCUUUAGGAAUAUCUGCCAGUGGUUGUGAGCAAGAUGCAGCACAAAAGAGAAUUAAGAAUGAUCUAUCUACACGAUAUCCUGAUCUUAGCUUAUCUUAUUAUAUUAACACUGAUAUCUUUGGACCAAUCGCUUUCACAUUUCAAGGAGGAGGAGGUAUUGUCUUAAUAUCAGGAACAGGAUCCUGCUGUGAGCUCUUUGAUGCUCAUAAUGUUUCUAUACACCGCUGUGGAGGGUGGGGUCAUAUGCUUGGAGAUGAAGGAUCAGCAUAUUGGAUAGCUCAUAGAAGCAUUAAACUUGUGUAUGAUUUUGAUGAUGGCAUGAAGCAGCUGCCAGAUGGAAUGAGCAUUGAUGUCUUACGAUCUAAAGUUAUAAAAUUUUUUAAUAUUAAACACAGGUAUGAUGUUUUAAAUCAUCUCUACUUGGAUUUCUCUAAAUCUAAAAUAGCUAGCUUCUGUGCUGUGUUGGCUGAAGUUGCUGGUAGAACAGCAGAUCCAGUAGUUUGUCAAUUGUUUUAUGAUGCUGGGGAACAACUUGGCAGGCACAUAAUGGCCAUAAUUCCUUAUGUAUCAUCAGAGCUGAAAGAGCAACUUGGAGGCAUUAUUCCUGUAUUAUUAGAAGGAUCAGUUUUUAAAAGCUGGGAUCUACUCAAAGAAGGAUUUAGAAGUGCAAUAGACCAAAUGGAACCUGGACUGGAGAUUAAACUUUACAGAUUAAAGGAUGAAGAAGCAAGUUCCAUUGGUGCUGCUAUCAUUGGGGCUGGAAUGAAUGGUGUUAAAAUCAAUAUGAAGGCUGAGAGAAUUGAAAAUGCCCUCGUGUCUUUUGAUUUGAAAUAAACUAAUCCAGUAUUUUAUGACAUUAUGAAACAGAUAUAUUAACUAUUAUAAUUAUAAUUGUUGUGUGCUUUGAGAUGGUGCUCAGCAUGAAUUACUAAUUGUACAGUGAUAAUGAAUUAGUAUAAUCAUAAUCCAAUUGGAACUAUAUAUACUACCAAUGCAACGUGUGAAUAUCGUUGAAGUGUGCAACUUGGAACCGAGUUAAAAAUAACUGAUAGAUAGCAAGUCGACUAAUGAUGACAGUGAACAAGACGAAUGACAAAUAGACAAGUUAAACAAUAAUAAUAUUAUUUCCUUUGUUUAUCUUUAUCGUUUA